AUGGCGUUUAUUAAAGAGGAGAGUGAAGACAUGAAGAUUGAAGAAACAUUCAGAGUCAAACAUGAAGAUACUGAGGAACAAAAAGACCUGAUACCACUGAAAGAGGAGAAUCAAGAACUGAAUGACAUAAAAGAGGAACAUCAUGAUUUCAUAACUGGAAAAAAAUCCAAAAAGACUUCCUCAAGAAGGAGAGCCCAGAAAAAAUCUUACAGGUUUUGCACCUGCCAUCAGUGUGGAAAGAGUUUCAGUCGAAAACAAAACCUUGAAGACCACCUGAAAAUUCACACGGGAGAGAAACCAUACACCUGUCAACAAUGUGGAAAGAGUUUCAGUCAAAAAGGGAACCUUAAAAGCCACAUAAUAAUUCACACUGGAGAGAAGCGUUUCACCUGCCAACAGUGUGGAAACAGUUUCACUCAAAAGGUACACCUUAAAAAACACAUGAUAAUUCACACGGGAGAGAAGCCAUUCACAUGUGAUCAGUGUGGAAAGAGUUUCACACAUAAAGACACCCUUGAUUCCCACAUGAGGAUUCACUCAAGAGAGGAUUGUUUAAUAUGUCAACAGUGUGGAAGACGUUUCGCUCAUAAAGUAAGCUUCAAGACUCACAUGAGAGUUCACACUGGAGAGGAGCCUUACGCAUGCUCUCAGUGUGGAAAGAGUUUCAGAUAUAAACCAUCCCUUGAUUCCCACAUGAGAGUUCACACUGGAGAAAACCCUCACACCUGCAAACUGUGUGGGAAGAGCUUUACACAGAAAGGAAAUCUUAAGACUCACAUGGACAUUCAUACUGGACAGAAGCCGUUCACCUGUGAUCAGUGUGGAAAAUGUUUCAGACGUAAAGUAACCCUUAAUGAACACAUGAAGAUUCACUUUAGGAGAUAACUGUUUUAGGUGUCACCAAAAAAUUUAAAUUUGAUCCACGUAUUGACAA